AUGGCUCGUCUGAGCUUCAUCCUAAGCAGCCUCGCGCUGUUCAUCAGCAUCGUCAGCGCCGCGUCCGCCGUCCUCGACCUCCUUCCCUCCAACUUUGAAGAAGUCGCUAUCAAAUCCGGAAAACCCACACUAGUCGAAUUCUUUGCCCCCUGGUGCGGCCAUUGCAAGAACCUGGCCCCGGUUUAUGAAGAAUUGGCACAGACAUUCUCCUUCUCCGAUAAAGUGCAAAUCGCAAAAGUUGACGCCGAUGAGCACCGUUCCUUGGGUAAGAAAUAUGGCGUUCAGGGCUUCCCCACGUUGAAGUUCUUUGAUGGAAAGAGUGAUACUCCCAUUGAGUAUAGCGGUGGAAGGGAUUUGGAGAGUUUGUCCGCUUUCAUUACGGAUAAGACUGGCAUUCGACCCAAGGCUGCUUACCAGCCUCCCAGCAAUGUGCAGAUGUUGACCGAGUCGUCGUUCAAGGAUGUUGUUGGUGCUGAUAAGAAUGUCUUGGUUGCUUUUACUGCUCCUUGGUGUGGACAUUGCAAGAAGCUUGCCCCUACCUGGGAAGAUCUCGCCAACGACUUUGCCCGUGACGCAAACGUCGUGAUCGCCAAGGUCGAUUGCGAAGCCGAAAACUCCAAGUCUCUCGCCAAAGAAUUCGGAAUCCAGGGUUUCCCCACGAUCAAAUACUUCCCCGCCGGUUCCCCAGAGGCAGUUGCAUACGAAGGUGGUCGCGCCGAGAAUGACUUAGUGGAUUACAUCAACGAGAAAGUCGGUACUCACCGCGUCGUUGGCGGCGGUCUCGACGAGAAGGCCGGCACUAUCCCCACCCUCGACGCGCUCGUGGCCAAAUACGUGCCUACCAAGAGCUUCGCUAAGCUUUCGGAUGAGAUCAAGAAGUCCGCUAAGACUGUGCAGGAGCAGUAUGCUCAGUAUUAUAUCAGAGUUACUGAGAAGUUAAAGGAGAGCGAAGGUUACGUCGCCAAGGAGUUUAACCGGUUGACCAAGGUCUUGUCCAAGGGCGGACUUGCGCCGGAGAAGAUUGAUGAUUUGAUUUCUCGUAGCAAUAUUCUUCGUCAGUUCUUGGGCCAGACUGAGAAGGAGCCCAAGGAUGAAUUGUAA